AUGUCCAAGUUCUCGCUCACGGGCCGCGUCGCCAUUGUCACUGGAGGCUCUAGAGGCUGCGGCUAUGCCUUUGCCCAGGGUCUCGCUGAGGCCGGUGCUGACGUUGCGAUAUUCGACAUCCUCGAGACCGCCGAAGAGAGUGUGCAGGACCUGAUAAGAGACAACGGUAUCCGUGCCAAGGCAUACGUCGUGGACGUGACGUCUCUCGAGAGCCUCAAGGAGGGCUUUGCCGCCGUGCACAAGGACUUUGACGGAAAGCUCGAUAUCCUGGUGGCAUGUGCGGGCGUCAACAAGAACGUGCACUUCCUCGACACUGAGGAGGAGGACUUCGACAGGCUCUUCUCCGUCAACUGCAAGGGCGUCUACUUCUCCGCUAAGUUGGCCGCCAAGGCCAUGAUCGCCAACGGCACCAAGUGCGGCAGCAUAGUUCUCGUCGCCAGCAUCGCCUCUUACAUGGCCAUCCGCUCGCAGCGCUCCUCCGCAUACUGCGGCACCAAGGGGUCUGUGCGUGCCAUGGUUGCGCCCAUCGCCGCGGAGCUCAACGAAUACGGUAUCCGUGUGAACUCGGUCAGUCCCGGCUACGUGCGGACGGCCAUGACGGAGCCGUUCCCUGACCUACUGGACAGCUGGAAGGAUGAGAUAAUGAACCAUCGCGUGGCACAGCCCGACGAUAUCAAGGGCGCCUGCGUCUUCUUGGCGAGCGAUGCCAGCAAGUACUGCACUGGCUCGGAUAUUCUUGUCGAUGGUGGAGUGACAAAGUGCGGGAGCUCCUGUGUAAGCCGCGACUUGGUCCUCGAGGCGGAGGAUUAUGGCAUCGUUGACUCUUUCCUUCACUUCUUCGUCGUUAGUGAACCCUCCAGACUCAUCAAAUCGACUACAAUGGCCAUCGACUGGACCCCUUACAAAGACAUGCCCGGCCUUGCUGGAAAGGUGGCAGUAGUGACUGGUUCUACAUCAGGAAUAGGCUUCCAGACAGUGAAGCAUCUGGCUGCAAAGGGUGCCAAGGUAUAUCUGACUGCCAGAACGGAAGCCAAGGCAAGAAUGGCACAGGAGGAGCAAAUAAAGCUGAACCCGGGGCUGUCUGCGAGCCAAUUGCCCUGGGUGGUGGCCGACUUUGAUUUCCCCGAGGCCGCUGCUGCUGCCGCCGCAGACAUCCGAUCUAGAGAAGGCAAGGUCGAUCUUCUGACCUUUCGCAACUCACAGGCACUCGGUCUAACAACUUCGAGAGAGAGAGAGAAAAGGCAUAUUGGACAUUUCGCUUUCACAAAUGGGAUCCUCCCUCUCAUGAGAAAGGCGGCUCUGUCUCCGGACGCCGAUGUCCGCAUCAUCGUUGUAUCCUCCAGCGCCCAAUACGCCGUGCUCCCAGCUAGCUACCCCUUCGACUUCACCAAACCGGACCUGCUCUACGGAAAACUUCCGUACGUGCCCCUAUCUUACAAGCUGUUGCGCGCAGCCGUCAUCAACGUCGACAUGUUCCGCUACGGAAUCUCCAAACUCGCCAACGCCCUGUUCGCCAAGCAGCUGCAAGCGCUGUUGGACAAGCAAGGGGUGCCCAUUGCGGUCUUGGCGAUUCACCCGGGAUCCGUGAGGUCCGAUGACGUUCACACAGUCUUCAAGCCGUACGUGUGGCCCAUCUUAUCACGUAUGUUCGUGCCUACGGAUAAGGGAUCUUUCAACACCCUGUUCGCAGCGACGGCCAAGGAGAUCCGUCGAGAGCCAAAGAGGUACCUUGGCAAGUACAUGGAGCCCAUCGGAGCUGUACGUCCUGGUCACCCGCUGUUACAGAGUGAGAAGCAAGCACAGGGCCUUUGGGAUACGACGCAGAGCGAAGUGGAGAGAUACUUGGCAGCAAAGGGUUCUCCACCCUUGUUAGAGUGUAUAGGCACUGCACUAUCUGCAAUGGCUUCAUACCUCAUUACUGGCGUGUCUCGGGGCAUUGGGUUUGAAUUCCUGAGACAAUUGUCUAGCAACCCAAAGAACACGGUCAUAGGCCUUGUGCGCAACAAAGUGGCCACUGAGGAUAAAAUCAGAAAGGAGCUGGGUGAGAGACAGAAUGUCCACAUUUUCACCGCAUACAUGGAGGACUACGACUCUAUCAAGCGGAACGUUGCCAAUGUCUCCCAGAUCACAGGAGGGAAGCUUGACGUCAUCAUCGCCAAUGCGGCUUUUAUAUCCAUUCUCUCCGGAUUUGAUGCGCUGAGUACUCUGGGUGACUCUCCAGACAAGCUAACGACUGACCUGGUCGAGUCAUUCAAGGUCAACACCGUCGGCAACAUCCACCUCUUCAACCUGUUCAUGCCGCUCAUCCUCAAGGGCAACACCAAGAAGGUCAUAUACAUCUCGAGUAGCAUGGGUCACCCCGACUUCGUGACCAAAUUCACCCUCACCAACGCCGCGCCUUACUCCAUCAGCAAAGCUGCCAUGAACCUUGCUGUGGCCAAGUUCAGCGCCGAGUACAGCAAGCAGAAUGUCUUGUUCAUGAGCAUCUGUCCCGGAGUCGUCGACACGGGCACGCUGGACAGUCUUACCGAGGAGCAGCAGGCUCGUAUGGGGGAGAUGGCCAAAAAGUUUGCCGAGUUAGAGCCUCACUUCAAAGGACCCGCCACCCCCGAAUCCGCGGUGCAGCAUGUCCUCGCCGUGAUUGACAGGUCCAGUGUGGCCAACGGCAAUGGAGGAACCUUUGUUUCUCGCUUUGGAAACCAGGAGUGGCUUUGA